AAGUCGUCAAUUCAAUGACAUUAGAAAGUUAGGUUAUGUUUAUUGCGAUUUCUUUAUUCUCUGCGAUGCAAUUUAUUUUUUGUGCGUUUUGUGUUAUUUAAACAGUUGUCAUGAAUUUGGGACGGUCGAAUCCCUACGGCAACGGCUUACUAUACGCGGGCUUCAACCAGGAUCAAGGUUGUUUUGCUUGCGCGACUACAAGUGGUUUUAGAAUAUACAAUUGUGAUCCGUUGAAGGAAAAAGAAAGGCAGGAUUUUGAUAAUGGGGGGCUCAGCUAUAUUGAGAUGUUGUUUCGGUGUAAUUAUUUGGCACUAGUUGGUGGAGGACCAAAACCCUUAUACCCCAAUAAUAAAGUCGUAAUUUGGGAUGAUUUAAAAAAGACUACACCUAUUAUUUUGGAUUUUAACUCCCCUGUUCUAGCUAUAAGACUUAGACGGGAUAGGAUUGUAUGUGUUUUAGAGGGCGUAAUUAAAGUAUAUACAUUCACCCAAACCCCACAGCAACUACAUGUAUUCGAAACCAACACAAAUCCAAAGGGGUUAUGUGUUUUAUGUCCAAACAGCAAUAACUCAAUUCUGGCAUUUCCUGGCAGGAAAACUGGCAUUGUACAGUUGGUAGACCUUGCUAACACGGAAAAAUCACCACUAGAUAUAGCAGCUCAUGAAGCAAAUUUAAGUUGUAUUUCAUUAAAUUUGCAAGGCACUCGAUUAGCCACAGCCAGUGAAAAAGGCACUUUAAUAAGGGUUUUUGACACAUCAAGUGGAAAUAAAAUUGCAGAGCUUAGAAGAGGGGCACAUCAGGCCACAAUUUACUGCAUAAACUUUAACCAUACGUCCACAGCUCUAUGUGUAGCUUCUGACCAUGGCACAGUCCACAUUUUCUCUUUGGAUGAUCCAAAAUUAAAUAAACAAUCAUCCCUUGCGAACGCGACGUUUUUGCCGAAAUAUUUUUCAUCCACUUGGUCCUUCUGCAAGUUUACAGUUCCUAAUGGUCCGCCCUGCGUGUGCGCAUUUGGUACAGACUACAAUUCCGUUAUAGUUAUUUGUGCAGAUGGUACUUAUUAUAAGUUCGUUUUUAAUUUGAAAGGUGAGUGUAUAAGGGAACAAAGUGCCCAGUUUCUUGAAAUGACUGAUGAUAAUAUUUAACCUAUAUGAACAAAAAUGUGAUUAGGUUUUUGACUAAAUUCAGGGUAUCAUAGACAUUUAAGCUUUCCUGAAAUUUGUUAUUAUAAAACCCUGUUAUGUAUAAAAUAUUUCAUUAUAUUUUUAGGUUUAAAGAUUCUACUUAUUAUAUAUAACUGUGCUUGUUUAUUAUUGUAAUGAUG